AUGGAUGAGGACCUGUAUGAUGAGUUUGGCAACUACAUUGGGCCAGACAUUGCCUCCGAGGACAGCGAGGAUGAGCUGCCGGAUGUCCUGCCGGAGCAAGACGCUCCCCGUCCCAUGCAUGCCGAUGAGGACAUGAUGGAUGAGAUGAGGCAGAGGCAGAUGGAGGAACAGGGCCAAGCCAUGGAAGAAGAGGAAGACGUCCCUGGCUCAGCCAUUGUUCUGCACGAGGACAAGCAGUACUACCCGAGUGCAGAGGACGUGUACGGCAAAGAUGUGGAGACAGUUGUGCAGGAAGAGGAUACGCAGAUGCUGUCCGAGCCCAUCAUCAAGCCCAAGGUGGAGAAGUCAUACAGCGUGGCAGAGGAAGAGCUGCCAGACACCGUCUACGACAAAGAGUUCUUGGCCGAUAUGAUGGAUCACCCUGACCUGAUUCGCAACGUCGCCAUCGUGGGGCACCUGCACCACGGCAAGAGUUGCUUCUUGGACAUGCUGGUUGAGGAAACACACGCCGUUGCCUGGGGUCCAGAGGCGGCAGAGAAGCCUGUCCGAUACGGCGACAUGCUGUUUACGGAGCAGGAGCGACAGCUGUCCAUCAAGUCGACGCCAAUGUCGUUCCUUCUGCCAGACACCCGCGGCAAGUCGUAUGUGGUGAACGUCAUGGACACGCCCGGCCACGUCAACUUUGUGGACGAGGUGACGGCUGCGUGCCGCGUGGCGGACGGCGUUGCUGUUGUUGUCGACGCUGUGGAGGGUGUCAUGCUCAACACGGAGCGCGUCAUCAAGCAGGCCGCCAUGGCAAAGAUCCCCGUCACCCUCAUCAUCAACAAAAUCGACAGGCUUGUGCUUGAGCUGAAGCUUCCAACCUCUGACGCGUACCACAAGCUGCUGCACACGCUGGACGAGGUCAACACCCUUCUCGUCAAGUACGGCGACGGCAUCGAGGACAACCUCCUCUCCCCAACGAAGGGCAACGUGUGCUUUGCCAGCACCCAGUAUGGCUUCUGCUUCACAUUGCACUCCUUUGCCAAGAUCUACAGCAACACGUUCGGCGGCGGGUUUGACCACCGCCAGCUUGCGGAGCGGCUGUGGGGGGACGUGUACUUUCACCCGGAGAAGCGCUCAUUCAGCCGCAAGCCACCCACCUCCCAGACGCCACGCUCCUUUGUGCACUUUGUCCUGGAGCCCUUGUACAAGAUCUUCAGCCAGGUGGUGGGCGAGGCGGAUUUCACGCUGCCGCAGCUGUGCGCAGAGCUGGGCAUUGAGCUGAAGAAGAGCGAGACGCGCAUGAACGUGCGGCCGCUGCUUAAGACGGUGUUCACCCGCUUCUUUGGCUCCUCCACGGGCUUUGUCGACAUGGUCCGCGACUUUGUCCCCUCCCCAAAGGAAAACGCCCCAACAAAGGUGCAUCUGAACUACACUGGUCCGCUUGGCGACGACGAACCGCUGGGCAAGGCGCUGCUGGCGUGCGACCCCAACGGCCCGCUCAUGAUCAACGUUGUCAAGUUGUACUCGUCCCAGGACGGCACGCGCUUUGACGCCUUUGGCCGCGUCAUGAGCGGCACCCUCUACAACCACACAGACGUCAAGGUUCUCGGCGAGAACUACACGCUGGAUGACCCCGAGGACUCGUGCGUGGAGCGCGCAAGCAAACUCUUCAUUCCAGAGGCCAGGUACAAAGUUGAGGUGAACCGCGUUCCUGCAGGCAACUGGGUCCUCAUUCAAGGGAUUGACGGGCCGAUUAUGAAGACGGCGACUGUGACGACGCCGACGAGCAACGACGACGCAGACAUCUUCGCCCCGCUCAAGUUUGACACCAUCUCCUCCAUCAAAAUCGCUGUCGAGCCGGUGAACCCAUCUGAGCUGCCGAAGAUGACUGAUGGUCUGCGGAAAAUCAACAAGAGCUACCCGCUCGCAACCACCCGCGUCGAAGAAUCAGGCGAGCACGUUAUCCUGGGCACGGGCGAGCUGUACCUUGAUUGCAUCAUGCACGACCUGCGCAAGAUGUACGCCGAUAUUGACAUUAAGGUUGCUGAUCCGAGUGUUGCGUUUUGCGAGACUGUUGUUGAGACGAGCUCGCUCAAGUGCUAUGCGGAGACGCCCAACAAGAAGAACAAGCUCACCAUGAUUGCCGAGCCGCUCGACAAGGGCCUUGCCGAGGACAUUGAAAAGGGGGUGCGUCCUUCAUCUCUGGGGUGGGGUUUGUUUUGGUUUGUGUGUGCAUGUGUGUGUGUGUGUGUGCAUGCGCAUGUGUGUGCGUCUGUGCGUCCGUGUGUCUGUGCGUGGGCAUGUGUGGAGGGCCCGCUGUGCGAUGAGCCGAUGCGCAACACCAAGUUCAAGCUGCUUGAUGCGGCGAUUGCGGACAUGCCGAUCCACCGCGCUGGCGGGCAGAUUAUCCCGACUGCACGCCGCGUGGCGUACUCGGCCUUCCUCAUGGCCACCCCACGCCUCAUGGAGCCCUACUACUACGUCGAGAUCCAGGCCCCAGGAGAUUGCGUGUCUGCGGUGUACACUGUGCUUGCGCGCCGUCGCGGGCACGUCACCCAGGAUGCACCAAAGGCUGGCUCGCCGCUCUACAACGUCAAGGCGUACAUUCCUGCGAUUGAUUCAUUUGGGUUUGAGACGGAUUUGCGGACGCACACGCAAGGGCAGGCGUUUUGCCUGUCUGUGUUUGACCACUGGCAGAUUGUGCCUGGCGACCCACUGGACAAGUCGAUUGUGCUCAAGCCAUUGGAGCCUCAGCCGGCGCCGCACCUUGCACGCGAGUUUAUGGUCAAGUCUCGCCGCCGCAAGGGCCUGAGCGACGACGUGAGCGUGAACAAGUUCUUUGAUGACCCCAUGCUGCUUGAGCUUGCAAAGCAGGACGUUGUGCUUGGUGCAAACUUCUAA